AUGGCAGUAGCUGAAUUUGUUGUUGCUGGUGGAGAUUAUAUGGGAGUGUGUGAGGAGACUCUCAAAAGCUGGAAUUGGAAAUCUUUUAGUAAGAUGACACUGCCUAUUGCGUUGCGCCGCAAUGGUUCAUAUGACGAUAUUAUUGCAAGCGUAAUUGAGGCCGGUGAGUUAACUUACGAGCCAAAUAACUUGGUGAUUAGCUAUCAAAUGAAUGAGAGGGAAAAAAUACAUCCAACAUUCAUAAAAAAUGAUAGGCACAUGAGCUUGUACAUGUUAGAUAUUGGUAUUGAUGGCUCUAGGCCUACAUUGAGGAUAAACGUCAAUGUGAGGCCUCCAAUUGAACCAACGAAUUCAUUUAACGGUGACAAUGAUUCGAUUGGAAAUGAAAGAUUGAGUGAUCAUUCAAAUAAGAGCUUGGGUGAUCAUUCAAUGAAUUUACAUGAUGAUCCAACUAAUGUGGAAAAUCAGCCAGGAAAAAAGGAAUUGGGAUCACAAUCUAACCGUUCCUUCUCCGAUGGAACUAAUUUAUGUAUCAACCAAACUUUCAGUAACAAGAAUGAGUUGCAAUUGUUAUUAGCCGAAGCGGCGGCAAAAAAAUCUUUUGAUUGUGCUACUGUGAAGAGUUGUACUAAAUACUUAAAGGUGAAAUGUGUAUCUUGCAACUGUGCAUGGAUUUUGCGGGCGAGCAAAUAUGAGUGUUCGGAUAGAUUUUGUACCUACAAGUACAUUGGCGAACAUAGUUGUGGCGUUGAAUAUGCCAACAAUAGCCAUAGAAAAAUUUCAAUCAAAGUCAUUACUUCACUUUGUGUAAAUAUGUAUCGUGAUGGCAAGGGUCCAAAUGUUAAAGAGAUUCAAAGAGCUAUGCUUAAUUCUUUUCAUUGUAGUUCAAGCUAUUGGAAAUGUUGGAAGGGUGGUGUGAUUGCUAAGGAAAUGGUCCGAGGGACAGCGGAGCACAAAUAUUCAUUCUUACAGGAUUUUUCCUACAUGUUUGAGACACUUAAUGUUGGUUCUAGCUAUUGUAUCAUGGUAAACAAGGAUAGUCAUAGGUUCAUGUAUUAUUUCUUGACCUUCGGUGCCUGCAUUAAGGGAUUUGCCCACAUGAGAAAGGUAAUUGCGAUUGAUGGCACACAUUUACAUGGUAAAUACGAGGGCGUGUUGUUGAGCGUUGUUGCACAAGAUACGGAGAAUGUUUAUCCAAUUGCCUUUUGUGUUGUAGACAAAGAGAAUGAUGCAUCUUGGACAUUCUUCUUUGAGAAAUUGAAUGAAAUUGUGAUCGAUGAACCAAAUUUGUGCUUUAUCUCCGAUAGACACAAGAGCAUUGCCAACGAAUUCAAGAACAAAUGCUCCACGGCAGCCGUCGUCCUUGAGCAUGAUAUUGAUUUUGAGAAGUGGAGCAGGGCACAUUUUCCUAGCAAUAGAUAUGGUGUGAUGACCACAAAUAUCGUCGAGUCACUCAAUGUUAUGUUGAUAGACGAAAGAGAGUAUCCCAUGGAAUCUAUAUUUAAUUCGAUUGCUAAGAAGUUUGGAGAAUUGUUGAGGGAGAGGCAUGCAUAUAUCCUCAAAUCAAUGGGUAAUCAAAUGGUGUUGGCUGCCGAAAAAAUUGGAAGAAAAAAAAUGAUCGAGGGUGCCUCAUUGUAUGUGGAGAAUGUAACCGGGGACGACAAUCAAUUUAUCGUGUUUGGUGCAGGUGUUACUGCCUAUGUGAACCUACUAGAAAAGUCUUGUUCACGUAGGGAAUAUGACUUGAUCAGGAUAUGA